CCAGUCAAAUUACAAGAAACCUUAGAAAAUAACGUCUUCAAUAACCCUCAGCCCUCCACAUUUCGCUUCUGUGCUUUUCCGAUACUUCAUCUUCUCCGUCUCCCGAGUCUUGAGUUCUCACCUCUUCCUUACCGAACCCUUCCUUCUGCGCUGUGCAGUUAUCGAGGCCAGGCCGCCCUCUCCGUUUCGGCAUCAGAGCAGCCGCCGUAAGAUGAUGGAGGGGUCCGAUUGCGCGGAUCUUCGAGUAUUUUCGAUUAAUAAUAGAUGAUUAUUUGGUGAAUUUUUCUAUCAAGAUGCUUUAUACUUUUAAAUAUUUGGAAAAUGGAGAUGCCAAGUGAUUCAGGAAACUCCGUGUCAGGGACUUCCAAUGCUAAUUGUUUCCCAUCAGAUUUUGUGGAAAAGUUUCCGGUAGUGUCAUUAGUUUCACAAGAAGAAAGUUUGAGUACUAGGUUGUCUGCAUGCAAAGAAGAUAAAGUUGAAAUCUCAUCACAGGUUGCUUCGCAAACCUUGUGGUCCACUGGAAGUUUGUCCGGGCCGAUACCUAAUGGAUUUUACUCCAUCAUCCCGGAUAAAAAGCUCAAGGAACUUUUUGAUGCUAUUCCUACACCGGAUGACCUUUAUGCACUGGGUGCAGAGGGGCUUAAAGCUGAUAUUAUUCUUGUUGACGCAGAGAAAGAUAAGAAGCUUUCCCACUUAAAGCAGUUGAGUGCUGCACUUGUAAAGGGAUUAAAUAACAAUCCUGCUCUACUAAUAAAGAAGAUAGCUGGUUUAGUUUUCGACUUCUACAAACGUCCAAACCCUGAGCUAAGUCCUGCAAAGGCUUCUGUUGAAGAUGUCUCUCAUUUGAUGGAAAAUAAAGGCAUCCAACUUCUGGGGCAGAUAAGGCAUGGAUCAUGCAGACCCCGUGCAAUUCUGUUUAAAGUGCUUGCAGAUUCUGUUGGCCUUGAAAGCAAGCUUAUGGUGGGUCUCCCCCCGGAUGGUGGUGUUGAAUGUGCAGAUUCAUAUAAGCACAUAUCUGUGGUGGUUAUGUUAAACUCUGUGGAACUGUUAGUUGAUCUUAUGCGCUUUCCUGGGCAGUUGAUUCCAUUUUCAACCAAGGCUAUCUUUAUAUCGCACAUUCCUGUGGCAGGGGAGAGUGACUCUGCUGAAAAUGACUCUUGUGAUUCUCCACUUGAACCCAAUAGUCCCUUGUGUGGGUUUUCUGAUAGAAUGGACGGGGAAGGCUAUCAAGAACAAGAUGAACUUCUCCAAUCUAUGUAUCAACGAAGAGCAGAGUCAACAUCUAAUCCAUCAGGACCACCACUACGUAAUAUUAUGCUGAGAUCAACAACGUUUUCUGAUGGAAAGUUGAGUGCAUCCCACAGUGAACCAAAUAUUGCAAAUGCUUUUUGGAGGUGCAGUCGAAGGAAACCUGUUGUUGAACAACAACGCACGUCAGGUUCAAGUCCCGAACAUCCACUUUCUCGAGCACAUGGACGGUCCAUGCUUGGUGGUGAUAGGCAAUCAUUUACGGAAUAUGGUGCAGCUGGAUCAAGGUCAGAUGGUUCUUCAACAUCUGAAGUUCGUAGGUUACGAAGGAGAAGCAUAAGCAUUACACCAGAGAUUGGUGAUGAUAUUGUCAGAGCUGUUCGUGCUAUGAAUGAAACAUUGAAGCAAAAUCGUCUAUUGAGGGAUCAUCAUGACGACCGCUUGGGUUCGUGCUCAGUAAAUGAGAACUCUAGUGGCCCAACAAAGCAUAAAGAUGGAACUGGAAGCACUUCUACUGAUUUUAGUGUAAGUUUAAGAUUGCAAACAAAUUCCACCCAGAAAGCAGUGUCAUUACCUUCAUCGCCUCAUGAAUUUGGAGGACAGGACUCUGAGAGAAGUGAUUCUUCUCAUUUUCUGAGAACAGAAGAUUUUGAAUCAACAUGGAACAAUGUUCUACAGUCUCAUUUUUUAAAUAAGCCUUUGCUACCUUUUGAAGAAUGGUGCAUUGAUUUCUCAGAGUUGACCGUGGGUACCCGUGUUGGUAUAGGGUUUUUUGGAGAAGUGUUCCGUGGCAUAUGGAAUGGCACUGAUGUAGCCAUCAAAGUUUUUCUAGAACAAGAUCUGACAACUGAAAACAUGGAAGACUUCUGCAAUGAGAUAUCAAUUCUCAGCCGACUCAGGCAUCCAAAUGUUAUAUUAUUUCUUGGCGCAUGCAUGAAACCUCCUCAUUUGUCGAUGGUUACUGAAUACAUGGAGAUGGGCUCUUUGUAUUAUUUAAUACACUUGAGUGGCCAGAAAAAGAAACUAAGUUGGCGUAGAAGAUUGAAAAUGCUCCGUGACAUCUGCAGGGGGUUGAUGUGCAUUCACCGUAUGAAAAUAGUUCAUCGUGAUCUAAAAAGUGCAAAUUGCCUAGUGAAUAAGCACUGGACAGUGAAGAUAUGUGAUUUUGGGCUUUCACGAUUGACGAAAGAUGUUCCUAUGAAGGAUGAAUCUUCUGCUGGAACUCCUGAAUGGAUGGCACCUGAACUCAUCCGCAAUGAGUCAAUCACUGAAAAAUGUGACAUCUUUAGCCUUGGAGUCAUAAUGUGGGAGCUAUGCACACUCAAUAGGCCUUGGGAAGGUGUACCAGCAGUUCAAGUGGUAUAUGCAGUUGCCAACGAAGGAACAAGAUUAGAGAUACCUGAGGGACCCCUUGGAAAACUUAUCGCAGAUUGUUGGGCUGAACCCAACCAGCGUCCUAGUUGCCAGGAGAUCCUCACAAGGUUGCUUGAUUGUGAGUAUGCUCACUGUUGAUUUCAUCUCAUGCCUGCAUGUAUAGCAAUGUAGAGCGGUUGAACUUUGUUCAAUCUGUCUGUAAAUUUUUCAAUUUUCCCUUCUCUCUUUUUUUAAGAGUUAUAGCCAAGUACUUCAUCUUUAGUUUCCACAGCCUAAAAUUAUGAGAUCCCUUGAGCUGCGUUGUAUGAGAUAAGACGAUUUACUUGGUUUGAAAGUUUUCUUGAUUAUAGAACAAAAGGCACUUUUUUAAUCGUGUACAUUAAAUAUUUGGAGGAUUGUUGAAUUGUUUAUUAGAAGAACUAGCCCUCCAAUUCUUAUUGUAAAAUAUUUUUUGAUUCCUCUGGAAGUCCUAUUUUUAGUGGAACUACUAGUAUUAUUGUUCCUUA